UCUGUCGUGAGACGAGUGUGUGUGUGUGUGUGUGUGCGUGUGUGUGUGUGUGUGUGUGUGUGUGCGUGUGUGUGUGUGAUUGUCCAUGGUCGUCUGGUUGUCACUUUGGAGUGAUGAGGACCUUUGCGUUUCUUCCCUCCACGGCUCAGUAUUUGUAAAACUUUUCUGAAACGAAACUUGUGCGUCAUAGAUGAACUUUUCUGGGGGCUUGUGGGGAGAGAGGAGGCAGCCUCCGGUCUUUGCAGGAGCUAAAAAGUGCAGUGACGUUGUUUCUGUUUUCACUGGAGCCGUCGUGGUGCUGUUAGUGUUUCGUGUCUCAUUUAGGGAAGCAUUGCAGUCUUUUAUUUAUUUUUCUGUGUGCUUGUGUGUAAUUUUACUUUGCUGCGCCAUUGUCCGACUUAAUUUUCCAUUCCCCCCCUCCUCUCCAGCCUCUCGGCCAUCACCAGUUUUGUGUCUUGUUUCAUGUAAUUUUCAGCAGUUGCUCCCUGUUUCUGUGCAGAAUCCCUGCUGUGGGCAGAAAAUGUUUGCAUGGGGGAGUGUGCAAGGAUACACACAAACAUAAACACUUGUGCCAUUUCUGUCUCGUGUUUCGAAGCUUUCGUGAGGAGUUUACAGGCACUUUCUGGUGUUUUUUACUGACGUCUCCAUGUGUUUCUGAAACGGCGAGUCGUGGUUGGAGCGCCUGUGUGAGCCUGCUCCUGCAGCAGCGUAAAGCAGCUGGUCCGUGGUUAUCUGUGCUGCGACACACUCCAUGAAGGCAAGAUUACACCCGGUUUAAAUGUCGCUUUGGCCACUUGGCUGGAAUGGUUCAAAAUGGCGCAACAAUGGGAGGUACUCCAGCUUUGAACCCUACCCGCUCGCUGCUCCAAGCGGUGACGUUUUUAACCACAAAAUGCAACACGUACAAAUGCAGUGCGCUUUUCCAGCGUCCAAAGCGUGAAUUGGUGACUUCUUUGAUCAUAGACGUGACAAAAGCGAACGUGUAAUCGCAGUGGUGUGUUGGAGUAAGUUUGGACAAAAGGGCUGAACUGAAGGCGCAAGGGCAGGCCAGCUUCUCCUGGACCUUACCCUUUUUCUUUGUUUUUUUUCUAAAUGUUCGGGUGACAGAAUUACGCGAGCAGGACGUCUUAAGAUCGGACUUGAUUCAGCAUCUGGUUAUGGAGAUUGUGAAGGUAUGGAGCGAAGAUGGAGCCGGCAAAGUGGUGGAGAUCCCAGCAGACAUGACGGCACGGGAUGUGUGUCAGUUGCUGGUCUACAAGAGCCACUGUGUGGACGACAACGCCUGGACGCUGGUGGAGCACCACCCUAACCUCGGCCUUGAGAGAUGUCUGGAGGACCAUGAGCUGGUGGUUCAGGUCCAAGCCUCCAUGAGCAGCGACAGUAAAUUCCUCUUCAGGAAGAACUAUGCCAAAUAUGAAUUCUUCAGGAACCCCCUGAACUUUUUUCCAGAGCAUAUGGUGACUUGGUGUCACGACUCUGACGGUUCGAUCCCUCAGGCACAGCUUUUACAGAACUUUCUGAACUCCAGCAGCUGCCCGGAGAUCCAGGGGUUUCUGUAUGUGAAGGAGCCUGGCAGGAAGUCUUGGAAGAAGCUGUACAUGCUGCUGCGACGCUCCGGGCUUUAUUACUCCUCUAAAGGAACAUCCAAGGAACCCAGACACCUGCAGCUGCUCUCAGAUCUGGAAGAUAGCAACAUCUUCACCAUCAUCACAGGCAGAAAACUUCACAACGCUCCCACAGACUACCAGUUCUGCAUCAAGCCCAACAAAGUGAGGAGCGACUGUAAGGAGCUCAAGAUGCUAUGUGCGGAGGACGAGCAGAGCAGGACCUGCUGGAUGACCGCCUUCAGACUGCUCAAAUUUGGGAUUGUGCUAUAUCACAACUACAACGUGCCCCAGCAGAGAAAGUCUACCAACUCAUCGUUCUCUGCGCCUGUGCGGAGCGUAUCCGAGAACUCUCUGGUUGCCAUGGACUUCUCUGGAAGGACCGGUCGCGUCAUCGACAACCCUGUGGAGGCUCAGAGCGCUGCCCUGGAGGAGGGACAGACCUGGAGGAAGAGGACCCACCGUAUGAAUGUUCUGGGCAGCCCCAGCCCGCUACAUCCAUCCUCUCUGAGCUCAGUGAUCCACAAGACACAGGUGUGGUUUCACGGUCGCAUCAUGAGGGAGGAGGCCCACAGAAUGAUCAUCCAGCAGGGUCAGGUGGACGGGUUGUUCCUGGUGCGGGACAGUCAGAGUAAUCCCAAGGCAUUCGUGCUCACCUUGUGCCACCAUCAGAAGAUAAAGCACUUCCAGAUCCUACCGUGUGAGGAGGACGGUCAGGUGUUCUUCAGCCUGGAUGACGGUGCCACCAAGUUCACCGACCUGAUCCAUCUGGUGGACUUCUACCAGCUCAACAGAGGAGUGCUGCCCUGCAAGCUCAAACACCCGUGCACCGCCGUGGCCUUGUGACACUACUCACCUGACACCCCCCACACUCCCCUGUUUUUGCACACCUCCCUCCCUUCACCCCCUCCCUUAACAAAGCAAUGGAGGAGAAGCAGGAGCGGGCUCCCCGUCAUUUGGAUGCUUCGAAUCGUGAACUCGACCGUACGGCUCCUGUGAUGCUGUCCGGCGGAUUCGAGGAAUUAGUCGUUGCCGUGGCAACCCUGAGAAACACGGCAUGCCCGAAACACGAGACCACUACCGUAACAUCCUACCAGCCGGAGUGCUGCAGGUCUUUUUUAGGACAAGCCCUCUGCCUCAUCCUUCCUCCCCUCCCAUCCUCCAGGCCUGAUAAGCUGUGGUGCCCGCCCUACCCUCGCCCCCUCUCCACCGAGGCGGGCGGGGUGCGCCACCCUCUGACUUCCUCACAAAUCAUCAGGGAUGGACGGGAACCUCUCUGGAUCCGAUCAGAUAAGAUCCUGGAGUUUCUCAACCUGUGCAGUCCAGUCUGGAUAAGCUGUCCCUCCUCCCAACUCCUUCAUGGGGCUUUGCUGCGUUCUGACCCACAUUCUCCCCGUGCGACCCCUGAUCCCGCCUCCAUGGAAGCUCGGAACAGUCCGGAGAGACCAGUGAAGUGUCCGAAGGCCAGACGAGCGGAGUAGUGGCGAGGGUUUGCUAAAAGGACAGAGGAAUGUUUAUCAGGAAGGCCGUAACAAGCCUCUCUUAGAGGUGAUUACUUGAUGUCAUUUAAUGCUGUUUUUAUUCGUGUCGAUUCAAUGCAGAACUAGUUUUGCACUCCUGGGCGGACGGACAUCAGCUGCCUCCUCUCCUCUCUCAAAAGCGUGCAUGUGAUUUUCCACCAGCUCUGAUUGGAUUUACGGCAGCGUGGGAGUGGCGUUCUGGCGGAUGAUGCAACGCCUUUCAGAAAGGUUCAGGAACGUUUUCAUGAAUGAGCUCUCUAACCAGCUGCAGCACCUCCAGACCGUGAGAGGACGAGGAGGAAGAUUUUAUAGACACCUGAGGAGAAGUGCGCCCACUCCCCGAGCUUCCACCAUCUUGUUUUAAUCUAAAGGGUCAUAUCUGUCGGUGAAUUUCUCUUUGAAUGUCGUUUUCUCUUCCCAGAUCUGAUCGGAGUUCAGUGCUUGCACAUUUUAAUCUUCCUGUUUUGUUUGUUUUUUGUUUUUUGGGGCGUUGGAGCUGACGUGUUCAGAUUCCGACUGCUCCGGUUCAAAGCAACAAAAGCACUCUCGUAACUUUUUUCUCCUCGUUUUGAAUACAGAAUUUGAAAAUGACUUGAAAUGUGAAAUCGGCCGAGGCUGCGUCAACGGCGUCGGCUGAGCUUCACUUGCCUUAAGUGAACCGAUGAUGAUGAUGAUGAUGAGCCAUGUGUAUGAAAUAGAAGAAGCUACCUGAAAAUGCGCAUACAGUGAGACGUUUGGGAUUUUAAAGAGUGAUGGAAUGAACCAACGUGCUGAAUGGUGGAAGGUUUUGGGAAAAUUAGCUUUCUUUUUGCCACUUUUAUACCGGUAUGCUAAAUAUGGAGCUACUCGUCUACUCCUGUGUUUCACCUGAGGUUUUUAAAUUCAUCGUAAAGUCUCUAGAACGAAAACUUGAAUAAAAAAAAAAACAUGAUUGUAAAAAGUUAUGAUUUUCUACCUGAUAUUCUGCAGUUAGGGCUAACCUCAUCAAGUAUUAAACAGGAAGUGAAGAUUUUAAUGAGGCGAUGCAAUAAAAGGAUCACGUUUCCCUCUGAUCGGGCCAGAUUCUCGUCUUCGAAGUGGUUCUGGCCUCUAAUCAGUCCUUCACAUAUGAUUUUAUUCAACUGGAUGCUGAAUGCCUCCUUAUGAACUUGUCUGGUUUAUGUUGUUGUUUCCAUGACUACCAGGUAGCAACUUUAUAUUUAGCAUACAAUCAACAAUCUCGUCUUAAAUCGAGAAUCGGGUUUGGCCUCCAAAUGAGCUAGUAUGUGUGUGUGUGUUCUGAUUUUAAUCCGUAAAAAUGUAAUUUACCUCAAACGUGGUCCUGUUUUAAUCAUCGAGAGAAUUUUCUGCCUUUUUGGAGUUUUGAGUUUGGCAUUAAGAGAAUCUUGAGCUCCUCCAGAUUAAAGACAUAAGGACCUCGAGCAUCAGCUGAGGUGAAUAAUCAGAAAUUUGCUGCGUGAGAAGGCCGUUCCCGUUUACAGGGCAGGUGCUGGCGAGACGAUCCCAGAGCUCGAUGGGGUUUAGACUUCUUAUUGCUGAGCAUCAGCAGUGUCAGUGACGUUCAGCCCAGCACUAGUAGCUUUGUUGCUGUCAUACAGCAGGAAUCCUCACAAACACAUUACACUUCUCAGCUGUUUAAUUUCCUGUUUUUAUGGGGAAAAGGCACUAUUUUCAUGACUAAUGUGAUAUUUAGCUUCUUUUUUCAUCAUUUAGUGAAAUAAAUGGUCAGACAAAUGUUAUUUGACGUAAAAUGGCACUUAAACCCUUUACGAGAAAAUCUAAACGGGAAAAACAUCUAUGAAACUGAAAAACACGCCGAGAUGGAGUUAGCGACGCAACACAAACACAAGUCCUGUUUUAGGCCGUCUCUAAUGUCUUUGAUUGUAAUGAAAACAUUUAAAGGUAAAAGUGUGUGUGUGUGUGUGUGUGUGUGUGUGUGUGUGUGUGUGUGUGUGUGUGUGUGUGUGUGUGUGUGUGUGUGUGUGUCUGCAGCUACGUUUCUUUAAUCGUCACGGGAUGAGAUCAGGUCACUAAUCACUGCCACCACCUGCUCUGUACUCCAUUAGUCGAGCCUUUUUCCACUCAGUCAGGGCAGACUCUCUCCAGGGAUCUGGUAAUGCUUGAAUUGCCUCUCCCACCUUUAAGCUAUAAGUGUGUGUGUGUGUGUGUGUGUGUGGCCUGACUGUUAAAGGAAUCAGAAGAAGGAAGUUUUCCCCACAUUCCCAGUCCUGAUCCAUCAGAGGAACUCAGCCACGUCUCUCUCCAUCCUCCCUCUCACCACUGUGCCACCAUCAUGCCAUCCUUUCCACACGUCUCCCAUUGUUCCCAGUAUAAAGUAUCACCUGUUUAUCUAAGUAUGUGAAGUUAUGGAAAGAAGAAGUAGAUGUAACACUGUAUGUAGGUCACAGAUCACUAUGUAAGAAGCGGUGUUAUGCUUUUGCUCAUAACACCAUAAAAUUAAGAAUGAUUUUUUUGAUUGAUUGUGUGUGUCGACGUUUCUGGCCAGAGAGUAUUUACAGUAUUAAGUUAAACUUCAGGUUUUAUGAGAUCAAACUGGAUUUUUGGCCAGUGUCUGAUUUCUGAACACCACCUGUACGUAUAAGCUGAGUCCUCCACUCCGAGGCGUUUCUUUAAAAUGCCCCCUCUCUGAUUUAUUCACCAGUGGCGAGGUCGUCACACGUUAACAUUUGGGGUCUUUGUAGUAGCUUUUGUACAACACGAGUGGUACAACGAUAGGCCGUAGCUAAAGAGGAGUUUUCUAAACCAUGUACUCUUGUUUAAAGGUGCGUGGUUAGUUUUCACGCGUCUCACGGCAGGUCGUCCUUUUCUAACAUCCGUCCAUCGUGACUCCUAAUGUUGGUGCAGGUGGGACCGACUGCGUGUUUUUAAUGUUUGGGUUGAAGUCUUCAUAAGCUGAAGACAAACAUUUCAGGGAAAGAAAAUGAAUGAAUCCUGAUCAUUUUUCCUACAUAACCGUCUCUGCUUUGCUUCCCUCUGUCUCUGCGACUCCUGGUUCUACAUUGUAUUCUGUUCAGGUAUUUUUGUACAAAUAAGGGACUGGUAUAUUCUCUGUUUAUUGGAAAUUAGAAUAAAAAUAUAAAAUUGCUAUAAACCAAA